UAAAACCCCAUCAACGAACCUACGAUUUUGGCACGUAGAGGAAGUGAUAUUAGAGAUCAGCAAAGAAAUCGCUGCCCAGUAAUCCACCUUAAAAGCCAAAUAGAAAACAGCGUCACCUUCACAACGAUAAUGAAGGUCAUCAUAGUCGGAGCUGGUAUUGGCGGCUUGAGCGCGGCUAUUGCGCUGAAUCGUGCAGGACACGACGUUGAGGUCUACGAGAGCUCGUCGUUCCUCAAUGAGGUCGGCGCCGCUAUUCAUCUUGCGCCGAACGCAACUCGCGUGCUCAAGAGGUGGGAUCUCGACUUUGAGACCUUAUACCCCGUUGGCUGCGAAGCCAUACAGUUUUACUCUCCGAAACUCGAGCACAUUGAAACACUCGUGACUCUGAAGGAGGGCCAGGAGAAACUGGGCGUCACGGAGCCAUGGCUGAUGACCCAUCGUGUCGAUAUCCACAGUAGCCUCAGAGCCCACGCGGAGAAAGGCUUCCAAGGCCGGGCCGUGAAGAUUCAUUUGAGGUCAAAGGUUAAGUCGGUGAAUGCAGAAACAGGAGAGGUCCAUUUCGAAGAUGGACGAACCGUCCAGGGUGACCUGGUGGUUGGAGCCGACGGUAUUCACUCCCGAACAGUCACAGCCGUAAUCAGCAACGGCGCUGAUAUAGUCAACACUGGCCAAAAAGUAUUUCGUUUCUUGGUCCCCGUCGAGAAGGCCGUGACGAAUCCUUUAGUCAAGGCCUUCGUGGACAAGAUUGGCCUAAACCAACUCAGCGGCAUUGCAGCAGCUAAUGGACGUAUGAUCAUUUACCCCUGCCGGUCUGGCACUCUUCUCAACGUUGCUUGUUUUGUCCGUACCAAUGAUGAUCUGGGGCCCGAGGCAUCGUGGCACAAUGCAGGGAACUUAGAUGAUCUUAUGGCAAACCUCGAGGGAUAUAAUGAGACGGUUAGGGAGUUUGGCAAGAUGGCAGAAGAUCUUAAGCUCUGGACGUUGGUGACACGGAACCCUCCCCCAACAUUCUUCAAAGGAAAGCUUGCUCUCUUAGGCGAUGCCGCACAUCCAAUGCUUCCGCAUCAAGGACAGGGUGGCGCACAGGCCAUCGAAGACGCGGCGGCGCUCGGGGCGCUCUUCGGGGCCGACACAGCGCCGGAGCAAGUCAGCGAUCUGUUGAACAUCUACAACCAAGUCCGCUACGACCACGCUGUGUCCAUCUGCAUCUCAUCCCGAAUUGAUCAGCGAUCUAGCGAAGAGGUGCUAGCCCAAAACUUUGAAUUGCUGAGGAAGUUCGUGCCAAAUGCGAUCAAGGACCGAAAUUACGCAUUCUAUGCCUGGGCUUCGUAUCCGGUCCGGGAGGUUGAACGUUUGCUAGCUCUCCGCCGCAGUGAAAAAGCAAUCUAAGUGUUUAAGAAAGUGAGAGAGGCAUGCAUAUAUAUAUGUAUUUGAAAGCAUAGAGCGAGAGAAACCUUUUUCACAUUUGUUGCUGCUAAGACUCUAUCUGAAUCAUGUAGGCAUGCAUACAAGCACAUAGAGCCAUCUCAUCUAGACACCAUUGGAAUUGAGACAGUGUACGUAGAAAAUAUCGAUAUCGAAAUCACAACUACAUAUGUCAG